AAACAGCUGUUUUGUACAUUAAAGCACAUUCCUUAAAACUGUCUAAAUUUAUCUUUUAUUGGAGGAAUCCUAACCACUAGAUACACAGACACGCUUGUUGGUGAUAUGUUUGUGGUGCGUAACGAUGGAAAUUUAAUACCUCACGCCCAUCACUUUCAAGACGAACAUUUCAGCUGUGAGCCCGCUGCUUUAGAGUUAGGUUGUGUAGUUAAUGACAUACUUCAUAGCAUUGUGUGCGGCCAUAGUGAUUGCAAAGCCAUGAAUUUAUUAUAUAUGCUAAGAGAUCCCGACUUUGCUUCAAACUGUUGUUCAAGUAUUGAAAGCAAUAUUAUUUUAUUUUUUUUUUUAAUGCAGAAUAAUGGGCGCUUGUCCUCCUCAAGGUUAAUUCGGCAUUUUUGAGAUUUACUUCACGCAAGUUUGCCUCUUGCAAAUCACUACCCGACAGAUUACAACGUUUUAAAUCAACUCCGGCCAAAACUGCGGCCCGAAGAUUACAAUUCUUCAUGAUUCCAUCUUUAAGGUUGGCUACUCGUAGAUUGACGCCAGCAAUAUUAGAGCUUUCCAAGCAGACCCCUUUCAGAUUAAUACCCUCUUAAUUGGUUCUUAAGCCCGAAGGAUUUCGAAAUUGCAAACACGGAAAUUGACACCUUCCAUAUUUGCACAUAAACCUUUCACCGAUACCAGCUGAGAACAUUCUAAAUUAACAAAUGCUAAAUCUCUUCUCUCCAAGCAACAGUAUUAGAUUCGCGUGCGAUAGAUUAUAUCGUUGCAUGCAGGCAUACGAAAAAUUUAAUGAAUUCAUUUUUAGCCAAACGCUGUAGAUCGUUUGUGCACAUAUGCCUUAUGAGGUCCCUCGUAUUGGCCUCACGGAUUCUCCGUCUCUGGUGAAGGGAAGAGAGUGCUAGUUUAAGGUAGGAUAGGAAUAGAAUAAGAAUCGAUUA